CAAACGUCCUCUUAAAAUCUAUCCACUUAAUGGGAUUCUUCCCCCCCGCGAAGCUCUCUCCCUCAUUCAUUCCCUUGGUGUCGGAUGUAUCAAGUGAUGGGAGUCUAGUGUCUUCAAUGCUGUGCGUGAUUGUCAUGGGCUCCCCCAAUGGAUUGGAGGUCAUGAAUUGUCAUGGUCUCCUCCAACUGAUCGGAGGUCCCAAUUUGGGGUCUCUCUCUCUGCAUUCAGGCGUUGGCUCAUUUGAUCCUUCUUUAAUUUGCGUGAAGAAUGAGGCAACUGGCUCACAAAGAGUGACUGUUAAAUGCCUCCAUCAUACCUUCAAUGGCUUUUCUGAUCAAAUAUGCUGCCAGCAACUCAGGGAGGCUUAUUAAAUGCACCCAAAUUUCAUUGCUUUAUUCAACUUUGGGAGCUUCAGAUGAGAAUUUAUAUCAACGCAUUUCAAAAGAUGUGGGAGAAGAUAGAUAUUCACGUAGUGCUAAAGAAGAGAAUUCUCCUCCCAUCUCCUUAGGAGACAGAUUAACCCAGUUACCUGACCUUCCCUUUGAGAAACCAUUCCCAAAGUCUAAAGAGGACAGAGAAAAUUUAUAUCCACGUAUUUCUAAAGAAGAAAAUUAUCCAUCCAUCUCCUUAGGAGAGAGGUUAGCCUUUUUACCGGACUUUCAGGUUGACAAACCAUCCCAAACUAGAGUGGAGCUCAAAAGGUCAUUGGAAACCCGCAUCAAAAAGAGGGUUAAAGAACAAUAUCUAAAUGGAAAAUUCCACAACCUUGUUACAAAUGUAAUUGCAACAUCAAAAACUCUAGAGGAUGCAUAUAAUAGUAUCAGACACUCCUCAAAUAGUCAAGCUAACAACGAACAUGACGGUCUCUGUUUCAUCUCCAUGGCCAAGGAGCUUUUGAGGGGGGACUUCGAUGUUGAAGCAAAUACAGUGAAAAUCUCACCAAAAUCUCUUAGAGAAAGAAACUUGAUCCUUCCCAAUCUGAAGCUUAAGGUAAUUCAAGAGGCGAUUAGGAUAGUUGUGGAAGUAGUGUACAGGCCCCAUUUCUCUAAGAUCUGCCAUGGUUGUCGGAGUGGAAGGGGCACUCAAUCAGCUCUCAGAUACAUUUGCAAUGAGAUAGAAAACCCCAAUUGGUAUUUUGCAUUUUGUGUGACGAAAGAGGUUGAUACCCAUGUAUUUAACAGACUCAUAUCUAUAAUGGAGGAAAGGAUUGAGGAUGCGAGUUUCUACGCAUUACUUCGUCUUAUGUUUGAAGCUCAAGUGCUCAACUUAGAGUUUGGGGGGUUCCCAAAAGGCCAAGGCCUCCCCCAAGAAGGAACGCUUUCGCCUAUCUUGAUGAAUGUCUAUCUCUCUCUCUUUGAUGCGGAAUUUUACAGGUUGUGUAUGAGAUAUGAAGGUCUAAGUCCCAAUAAAGAUGACCCAAUUCAAGCUGGCCGGAGCUCUAAAUUACGAAAUUGGUUUAGGAGACAAAUAAAAGGUGAAGAUUCCCAUAAUAGACAAGCACAUAGAUUGCAUGCUUGUAGAUAUAUGGAUGAGAUCUUAGUUGCUGUUUCAGGACCUGAGGAUUUGGCGCUUGAAAUAAGGGAGAGUGUAUAUGGCUAUCUUAGAGAAUCUCUCUCUCUAGAGGUGGUGGAACAAGGUGAGUCGCCUCUAAUCAAACCCACAUCGGGAGUUCGGUUUCUAGGCAUGUUUAUUCGAGCUAGUGAUAGAGAGGAAAUCAGUAGUGCAGUGAGGGUGGUGCAUAAGCUUAAGGAUAAAAUGCAGUUGUUUGCAUCUCAAAAGGAGGUCUACUGGGAAGCCAUGACAGCGAGAAUCGGGAAGAAAUUUGUGGGCCGGUGCUUAAAGAAUAUCAAAGAGGAAAAGUUAGAGAGAGAGGAGAACAUGAGCAUGGUGUUGAUGAAUAGGAUCUCGGAGUUUCGGAGGCCAGGAAUGGAACCGGAGCAUUGGUUUAGGCACUUGUUGAAGAUUUGGAUACAAGACUUGGGUACUCAAGUGAAAAGAAAUGAGGAAGAAACACUUGCUAAACAUAUUGUCGAGCCAGAGCUUCCUUUAGAGCUUGUAAAUUCUUUCUACAACUUCCAACAAAAGGCCAAGGAGUACAUCUCAUCUGAAUCCCUCUCUACCCGUUCACUCCUUGAAAGCCACUCUCUUUCCUCACCAACCAUGACCACUAAACUAGAGGCACCCAUCCGCGUUCUGAAAAAGAGCCUGAUUCGCUAUGGCUUGAUUGAUAUAGAGGGAAACCCACGACAUAUUUCUAUGCUUAUCUUACAGGAUGACCUCCAAAUUAUAAAUUGGUUUUGUGGAUUAGUUCAUAGGUGGAAGUACUGGUUCAGAGAAUGCGAUAACUUUGAGACCGUGAGGCUAAUGCUCCUUGAAUGUGUGAGAAAAUCUUGUGUCCGAACUCUUUCCACUAAGCAUCAUGUAUCAGAAGCCGUUAUCGAGAGGCGAUAUGAAUUGGAACUUAGUAAUAUCCCAUUGAGGGGACAGAUGGAGUUUUUUUCUCUCUCUAAAGACAAGGAAAAGAUGACAAAUGGAAGGGAUUCUUUAUCUUUCUCCUCUGAGGAUGAGAUGAUGUUAUACGGCAGUGCUUAUGCUGGGCUUUUUGUUCUCUCUCUAGCACAAGUGAAGAGACCGUCUGCUCUGCGAGUUUGUCGAGUCAUGUGUUGUUCAGUCCCUGCUUCGAGUAUAUAUUCGGUGCAUGUGUUUGAGAAGAGGAAACAUCCAGGUUGGAAAACUGGUUUUUCUUCAUGGAUUCCUCCUGCGUUGAAUAGAAAGAGGAUACCAUUAUGUAAGCAACAUGUUAAGGAUUUGUAUAUGGGUGAUAUUUCUCUUCAGGUUGUGGACUUUUCUCCAUCUUAAUGGGUAGCCUGUGGAAUAUAGUGCGUCUCGUUAUAAGAAUGUUUGUGAAUCUACAGUCGGGUGUUAAUGAAAACAGUGAUUUAACUAUAAAUGCACGUAGCUGAUUGUGGUUUGUUGAUAGAAGAGGAUAAGGAGGAUAGUAGGAUGCCCUGUCUUCAAUUUUUCAUGAGGGCUUUAAUGGUGAAAAUAAUGAUGGUGCAAAGAAUUCACUCCGGGAGAUUCAUUGCAAGAAGAGAGAAGUCGAUUUGGUUCAUUUGAAGAGAGAGGAAACAAUAGUUGUGAAGAAAAUGUUACCUUCAUCAAACCGAAGUUAGUGCAGGAUUUGGAGUCUGAUGACAUUGUGACGCAACAAGAAGCUAAGGAGGUAACAAUUUGAUCAUUCCUAUCAUUUUCGUUUUUGGAGAUAUGUUCACCUAUCAUCAUCAUCAGAGCCUUUUCCCAUCUAUUUGGAGUCGGCUACACAAAUCUUUGUCUGCCGUUCUAUUCUGUCUUGGUCCGCCAUUUUGCUCUAUCAAACGUUCAAUUAAAGAAGAAAUCCCAACUGUGGAAUGUGCUUGUGAUCAAAUUAAAGUUGAAAGUAGUGAUAAAGAAGAUGCAUUCCCAACCUUCAACGGUAAUGUUGAGAAUGGAAGCAUACCUUGAUUUUGAAUCUCAAAGGGACAUAUGGUUAGUGAGGGACUCUAGAACAAUGGUAGUGGAGAAGAACAUCAGGCCAAAGAGGCUUCUCGAGUGAGAGAAAGCUUGGUGGGGGCAUUUUUUAUAGAAAGAGCUAAUGAUCCUAUUGAUCUGACUGGUUCAGUGUCCAGUCAAAUACCUUACUUGGGGCCUAUCCUAUAUUCAGGAAGUAUCUCUCUAAUAUCAGAUAGUGCCUAUCCUAUAUUCAGGAACCAUCUUUCUAAUAUCAGAUAGUAGCAUGACUAGCACUUGUUCCUCUGCUUUUUCCAUAAGAACAAGAUGCCCUUGUGGACCUGCUAAUAUUUCAUUCAAGAAACUCACGAGUCCAAACCAAACUACAGGGGUCUCACGUCCUCUCCACCAACUGGUGGUAUCAGUUUCCUUGUUGGGCUCAACAGAGGCUCAGUUGGUGAAUAGGCUAUGACAAAAAGGAACUUCCCAACGGGAAGCUUUGGGUACCAUGACAUUACUGUUCUCAAUAUUAAUAAAAAACCGAAGGCAGAGAGAGAGGGCCCAAGAAAAGCCAUCGGCAGUUUGGCUGUUGAUGGGUCCAAAUCUGCUACAAAUGGCAUGAACCUUUGUAUUUCACCUGAUACAUGUUGUCCAAAAGCACAGCCUGAGGGAGUUGUAAGCCAAGAAGAGGCAACAGGUGCUCUGUGUACCCAAUUUUUUAAUUGGUUUGCUUCUUUUUGAAUCCUUGAUUUCCUGCUACGCAAAAAGAUGGUAUCUGAGUUGUUUGGGAUUGUGUGGUGUGUAAUUCAAGAUUGUUUUUUUAUGUACUAUUAUCUUUGGUUCCAUUGAUGUUAAACAUCAACGACAAGCUGAUUAAAAUUGAAACUCUGCAGAACUUGAAUAUCUAGAUUUCCAAAAGGUUCUUCUGUGACCUGAAAAAGUAGUCAUUCACUUUAAGAGAAUGUAAAGCUAACUCUCCAUAUCAAAGUCUUUUAUUCUUUCUUUUAACGUUUUUCUUCUUGAUACUGGGUAUACUGGGUUCUUGGUAUAGGUUCCGAGUGUUUUAAUGGAAAUCAUUUAUUUUAAUGUUGUUUAUGUUUUUAUUGAGUCUGCGCAUUUUUGGGUUACUGAUAUUCAAUGAUAGAAGGU